UCAGUCUGUGUCUCUCUCUCUGUCUGUCUCUCUCUCUCUCUCUCUGGAGCAUGCGCAGUGUGCCGCGCUUCAUUAUUUCCGUGUUGUGUAGCUGUCAGCAGAGUGAGGUGUGGUGCCGUCAGAGACGGCUGCCGCAGAUUCACCUGUUUGAUUCUGUCUGAUCAGAAAUACAACAAUGAAGAACAAAGCCAGCAGCACUCAAGUGAGUGUGAAGAGGCGGUCCUGGUCCUGGCAGCAAUACCUGAACGAAGAGAAAGCUGAAGCCGCUCCUCUGACGCUGUUUACACAGUCCCAGUCCUUUCCGAGUAGGAGAACUGGUUUUCGUGUUGGGAUGAAGCUCGAGGGCGUCGACCCGCUGCAUCCAUCCAUGUACUGUGUGCUGACCGUCGCCGAGGUGAUUGGCUGUCGGCUCCGUCUCCAUAUUGACGGGUUCUCAGACUGCUAUGACUUCUGGGUAAACACUGACUCAGCAGAAAUCAGACCAGCAGGCUGGUGUAAAGACAACAACCACAAGCUCCACCCACCCAAAGGUCAUAACGAGACAGAUUUUGAUUGGCCGUCCUACGUUCAGUCCACAGGCUCUCAUGCUGCUCCUCCGACCCUGUUCACCUGUCGCACUGCAAGCUGUGGCUUCAGGGUGGGGAUGAAGUUGGAGGCGGUCGACAGGAAGAACCCUGGACUCGUCUGUGUAGCCUCAGUCACUGAUGUUGUUGAUGACCACUUCCUGAUUCACUUCGACGACUGGGACGACACGUACGACUACUGGUGUGACAGCAGCAGUCCAUACAUUCAUCCUGUGGGCUGGUGUGAAGACCAGGGACGACCUCUGACCGCUCCCAAGGGUCAUCCCAACCCAGAGAACUUCCUGUGGGACGAAUACCUGCAGGAAACUGGAUCCAUUGCUGUUCCUAGUUCAGCCUUCACACUGAGAGCUCCACAUGGUUUCCAGGUGAACCAGAAACUGGAGGCGGUCGACAGGAGGAACCCCAUGUUGAUCCGUGUCGCCACAGUAACAGAUACAGAAGACUACAGGUUGAAGGUUCAUUAUGACGGCUGGUCGCAGCAGUUUGACGUCUGGUGUGACAGCGACCACUGUGACCUCCAUCCUGUCGGCUGGUGUCAACGCACAGGACACCCACUGGAACCACCCCCAGGUUCCUCCCCCUUCUCCUCCCCCUCUCAGGGGGUGUGUCCCACUCCAGGCUGCAGAGGAAUCGGACACAUUAAAGGAGCGAAAUACACCGGACACCACAGUGCCUUCGGCUGUCCGUACUCUGACAUUAACAUGCGUAAGGAGGUGCUGCUUCCUGAUAGGCUGGGAGGAGAGAGAGCUAUCACCCUUGUACCUGUCACCAUUUAUCACCACGGCAACCUGUCAGACAGAGGUGUUCAGGUGAAGACGGAGCCCAGAGAUAAGACUCUGCUGCCUCCACUGGGGAAGAGAAGAAGACUGGCAGACAGAUUGUCUCGGCCAACCAAAUUGCUCUAUGUGGAACCAGAAGAGGAGGAGCUUCACCUGAGAGCUUUCAGUCCAGUAGAGUCCAGUCUGCAGGCUGCCCUCCACCAGUCUGUCUUCCUGUCAGCCAUGUCACCACAGCCGGGUCGUGACCUGUCGCUCUGCUGGGAGCAACACAGCAAACUGCUGCCAGGCGUCGCCGGUGUUCACGCCAAGACGGUCCAACAGUGGAGCAUAGAACAGGUGUCAGAUUUCAUCGAGUCUCUCCCUGGCUGUGAGGAACAGGCCAAACAGUUUAGAGAUGAGCAAAUAGAUGGGCGGGCCUUCCUCCUCCUCACUCAACGGGACAUUGUCAGGAUCAUGUCAAUCAAACUUGGUCCUGCCCUUAAAAUCUACAACUCCAUCUUGAUGUUCAAGCAUGCUGAAGACAGUAACCAAUCACAGGCCGAGGACAGAAGCCAAUCACAUGCCGUGGACAGGAGCCAAUCACAUGCCAAGGACAGAAGCCAAUCGCACACUCAGGACGGGAGCCAAUCACAUGCCGAGGACAGGAGCCAAUCACAUGCCGAGGACAGCAGCCAAUCACACACCAAGGACAGGAGCCAGUCAUAUGGUCAGGAUGGGAGCCAAUCCCAUGCUCAAGACAGGAGCCAAUCACACACUGAGGACAGGAGCCAAUCACACACCGAGUAUACCAACACUUGACACCUGCAACCCAUGACUCAUCCAAUCCAGAAACAGAUAGAUAAGUUACCAUGGUGACUGUGUUGUCUCUGACCCUCCCUCAUUUCCUCAAUGGUUCAGUCCGUACCAACGCUGUGAUCAGCGUCUUGUGACCCUAACCUCCACCCGAGCCCAGGUGGAAGGGGCGGAGUUUAAUGCAAGUGAGUCCUUCACAGAACUAAAUAUUGAAAGACUGGACUCACCAGAACUAGAACCAGGACCAGUGUGCAGAGAAUUCUGGGAUUAAGACCUAAAGGACUAAACAAGUGGUCCAGGUGGAAGGAAGGGCUGCUCAACAAUGCUCAGGUAGGUGGGACGUGUCGAAAUUACGUCCACAUGAACAGCAGGACCAGAAGUUUUUCAGCAGAACAUGGUCCAAAACACUGCCUCCACCAGUUCGCCUUGUUCCCAUAAUGCAUCCUGGUGCUGUGUGAUUCCCAUGCACCCAGCCGUCCACAAGAUGUCAAAGAAUGUCUGAUCCAUCAGCCCACCUUCUUCCAUCGCUCCGUGGUGCAGUUCUGAUGCUCACAUCGUUGGUCUUUGAGCAGUGGAUGGGUCAGCAUGGACACCCUGACUGGUCCACCGUGAAUGUUUCAGAAGCAGAGCGGUUUGCCUGCCAGCCUUUGUUUGCUCAGAUUUAGUUGUUUUCUUGGCUUAGGUGAUUCUACAUGUGUAAAUAUGCUACGUAGUUGAAUUAUUUCCCUUUUAGCUGUUUUUCCAAUCUGCAUUUUGCACAGGGUAUUUUAUUUUGAAAAUUGAGCAGAUUCUCAAUCUUUUUGGGUCUGACUUCCUGUCACCGUGAGCUGGUCUGUGUAAAUUGAUGACGGCUGCUUACAGUGUCUGUCAAAAAUAGAACAGCCGCGUAUUCUCCAUGGAGCCAAGCGGAGGCCUGCUUCUGGAGUGCUUCUUAACUGGACCACAGUGGAGGCAUGGGGUUUGAAGCAUUGACUAGAGCGGCCACAUACAACUCACUGGCUGCGGUGCACAUGGAGCACAUCGCAUCCAUGCCCAGUAAAAUUUGGGGGCAAAUGUUCGCCUGCUGCCUGUUAUACCCACCCACUGACAGGAGCCAUGACAACCAGGCCAUCAGAGUUCACCUAUCACUGGACUGGAGUGAAUAUUAGCACCGAUCAGUGUAGAACAGUUUAACAUGUAUGUUCUUUUUCAUGAGCAUUUACAACACAUGUUUGAAGAUCAAAUUUCUCUGUUUUCUAAUUUUUUUUGUCAGAUUUGAAUUAAAGAUGUUUAUGAAAAUAUAUUUUUGGUUUCCAUGAAAAUGUCUAACAUAAUUAAUUCAUAAUUACCUGAAAAAGUUUUUUAGUAAUAAUAAAAAAGUGAAGCGACGCAGUCAGACUGU